UGCCCGCCAACCCCUGCGCCCCGGCCGUAGCCCCACCCCGGAAGUCCUUGCUUCGCCUUCUCCGCCCCGCAGUUCUCUAGUGUCUCUUGAGGUUUGCCCGAGUGAUCCCGUGGUUUUCAUGUCUCUUCCGUGUUUUUCAGGGAAGAGGUUCACUACUUGGCCGUUCCAGAAUCUCAGAGUCCGGUUCUCCCGGAAGUUUCCGGGCUGCCCCGGACCCCAUUGGCUUUAGGAGCCGCGACUCCGAGGGUUCUGAUUUGGACCCUAAAUUUUGGAAUACUGUGCUUUGUCUAUCCUAGCCUUCUUCAGGCAGAUUUCACCUACCACACAUUGAGUGAUUUAUGGCAGAAAGGAAGUUGGAGGGAUGGGGACUGCAGUUUAGCUGUGGGGGCCGGAAGGGAGCGGCUUUGUGCUGCACAUAUGCAGGUUGCACUCCCGGAGCAGGGACCACCAGGCGUGCUUUGGGAACCGCUUUUGUCUUUCAAAUGAACGCCCAGCGACAGCGGACGGGAGUUCCAGGACCUUAGAGACCGUCUAAUGCUUCUUUUUCAAUAUUCUUGGUAAUAAGGCCUCUGUAACCAUGGCUAGUUCUGACGUAAAACCAAAAUCAAUAAGUCGUGCCAAAAAAUGGUCAGAAGAGAUAGAAAAUCUGUACAGAUUUCAACAAGCGGGAUAUCGGGAUGAAACCGAAUAUAAACAAGUGAAACAAGUUUCUGUGGUAGAUCGUUGGCCAGAGACAGGAUAUGUGAAGAAACUUCAGAGAAGGGACAAUACGUUCUAUUACUACAACAAACAGAGGGAAUGUGAUGACAAGGAAGUCCACAAAGUGAAAAUUUAUGCUUACUAGCCUGUCUUCUUUGUAUUACUCGUCAAUUAUACUUUAAGAAUUCAUCAUUUCCUUCUAUAUCGUGAAAAUGUUUGUCAUUUUACGAAAUAAUUCAAAAUGCAAUCUUCAGUUUAUUAUUUUGUGAAACACAAAAGCCAUGAGAAUUAGUAUCUGUUAACCACCUUGUCCUGUUCUAAGAACUGGCUGCAAAUGCAUUAAAGUUGUACUUUCUUGGUCCUGCU